AGUACCGGUAAGCACCACAAGAUGAUCAUCAAUGAAGUGUCGACACUUCGCCGCCACCUUCAAGCAUGUCACAAAGGUGCAUACCUCGCAUGGUGCGAAGCCAACGAGUUCAUCUCCAUGUUGCCAAAGGACACCAAGGCUCGGAAGGAGAGGGCUGCUUUGGAAGCUACCCAGAAGUCACAAAGCCGGCUCGACGACCACUUCAAGGACGGUCCUGCGAAGAACGUAAGGGUGGUUCCCUACAGUGACGAGUUCUUUAGUGCAGCGGCGCAGGAGUGGUUGCGGCAGACAGAUCAGCCAUUACAGGCCCUGCAGCACCCGAGCUUCCACGCUAUGAUCGAUGUCGCUGCUCGUGCAACGAAUGGUGUCAAGAUCUACAACUUGCGGAACACCCGAAGGGCAAUCAUUGCAACGUUCAAGAACAAUCUGACCAACCUUGGAAAGCGACUGAAUGUGAGUGCGUCACAGGCUUGGAUAUAUGUUCGCUAA